GCUGGGGAUGGUGGCGAACCGGAUGGACAGGUGGAUCGAGUCGGACCAGCAGGUUUCGAGAUGGUCAGGCAGGCGAGCAGAUCAAACCAGUGUAGAAUAGAUAAUGUGAAAAAACCGUCAGAAAUCAACGGACCGUCAGACCGGCCUGAACCUCGAAACAAUAAAGGAUGUCAACCCAGUGACUGCGCGUGCCAUGGCAGCCCAAUUGGCCUGUGCGCCCGAAACUGGGUCCCAAGAGGCCAAGUUGGCCAAGUGGGAGAGCAGCGAUGGUGUCUCGAGUUUGCCGGCCCUAUCUACCGCGGGGAUCGCCAACUCUCUUGUCCGGACGGAUGA